AACAAAUAAAUAACAAAAGCCGUAAAAUAGAGAGAAUAAAUUAUGGGAAAACAACUUAGUAUUGCCUUUGCAAGUUUUCUUCUUGUCACUAUAGCUUUUACAAUAAAAGCACAAACUAUUCCUGCAAAUGAUGCUGAAGUUAAUGCUUGGUUUCAAGCUGCAGUAAAACCAUUUAGCUCACAUAAAAGGACAUUAGAAUCAAAUGUAAUUGAAGCGGAAAGUGGUGGAGUACAGAUUAUUGAUGUGAGACAAGAUGGAAAAGGAAAAUUUAAAACAAUAUCGGACGCCGUAAAGCACGUUAAAAUAGGAAAUACCAAACGUGUGGUUAUAACAAUCGGUCCAGGAGAAUACAAAGAAAAAAUCAAAGUCGACAGAUUUAAAUCUUAUAUAACUUUCUAUGGAACGGAUCCUAAGAAUAGGCCAACUAUAACAUUUGCUGGUACAGCUGCUCAAUACGGGACUGUGGAUAGUGCAACAUUGAUUGUGGAGUCUGAUUACUUUGUCGGUGCAAAUCUAAUUAUUUCGAACGCCGCUCCAAGACCAGACGGUAAGAGGAAGGGGGCACAAGCUUCCGCAAUGAGAAUAUCCGGUGACAAAGCUGCAUUUUAUAAUUGUAAAUUUGUUGGAUUUCAAGAUACUCUUUGUGACGAUAAGGGAAAACACUUCUUCAAGGACUGCUUUAUUCAAGGGACAGUUGAUUUUAUUUUUGGCGAAGCUAGAUCUAUAUACUUGAAUACCGAGAUCCACGUUCUAUCUGGUGAUCCUAUGGCUGUAAUAACUGCUCAUGCAAGAAAGACCCCAACUGGAGAAGGUGGAUACUCAUUCGUACAUUGUCCAGUGACUGGUACAGGUGGUCAUGCAUUAUUAGGUAGACCAUGGAUGGAAGCAGCACGUGUUGUUUAUUCUUAUUGUACCAUGAGCAAUGUCGUCAAACCCGAGGGUUGGUCUAACAACAACAAGCCACAAUUUCAAAAGACAAUGUUUUUUGGAGAGUACCAGAACAAGGGUCCUGGUGCAGCUGGAAAAAGAGCUCCAUUUACCAAGAUGUUAACAGCUGCAGAGGCCAAAACAUUUACCAGUCUUGAAUACAUUGAAGCGGCUAAAUGGCUACUUCCACCUCCUAAGGUGUAAAACAUGUUAACUCGCCAACCAAAAGGGGGAAAUGGCGUUUUCAUAACCAAAAAUAUAGGGUAGAUAUGUAAUAUUUAUAUUUAUUAAAAUAUAUGUACAAUAUAACAAUAGGGUGACUAUGCUUAAUCAUUUAGUGAUUUAUAUUUCUAUUAACAUGAUUUUCAACAUGGGAAAGUUUUUUCUCAAUAAAAGUUGACUUUCUUUUAUAAUUCAUAUUGGUUUAUGCA